GGCUUUCUGCCCCGGUGGCUGACGCUCUGGUCUAUCCCGGGACCGCUACUUGCACGUAUUGGUGUGGCGAGUGACGUUAGGCCGCGCUAGGAAGCCUGGGGCGGCCGCUGCAGGCCUUUGGUAGACGCCAAGGAGCUGCAACAUCCAGGGGACAACAUGCCAUCUGCCAAGCAGCUAGCUGAUAUUGGCUACAAAUCCUUCUCCACCUCCAUGCUGCUUCUCACUGUGUACGGGGGCUACCUGUGCAGCGUCCGAGCCUACCGCUACCUCCAGCUGCGCAGUGCCCGGCGCCAGGCUGCAGAAGAGCAGAAGACCUCGGGAGCCCUGUAGAUGUCGGUCAUUUUUCUUGAACAGUGAGGUCUGAGGCAUGCUGUGGGAAAACUUCUACCUGCAGUUCUUGCCAGGCUAAAAGGAUUUCUGGCCUUGGUGAUUUUCAAGCUCUUCCUGAAGAAAGUACUACAGUUUUCCCGGUACUUCUUGUUGGUGCCUGUUUGUGGAGGCUGUUUAAUAAAUCGGAAUGUGAGGAUGAGGUAUCCCUUACAGACAUUAAAUAUUUUUCCAUGUC